AUGGAACCUCGAAUGCGUUUCGACGACGUCGCCUGGGAGGAAAGCGAGAACGUUGAAAGCGCCUGGGUGAAGGACAUCCUUAAGGAAGAAUCGCUGCGAGCAAUUGGAGACUUCAUUGUCAAACAUCGUCAUGGUGUGCCUACAGAAUUGUGUGAUCCCAAGGCCGGUGCUUUCAACGUCCUUUUCCGCAUGAACUGCACUAUGUUUCCUGAGGAGAAGAUCCAGAAUGAGGUAGCGACGAUAAGGUAUAUCCAGGAUAAUACCUCUAUACCCGUGCCAUUUAUCCUGCACUGGGGAUCAAGAGAAGAAAGCCCUCUUGGACUUGGCCCAUUCAUUAUUAUGGAAUAUAUUAACCAUGAGACGGACGUUUGCAAAGUUCUUAACAUACCUGAACUGCAUUGGGAAGAUCGACCUCGCCUUAAUCCGCAUAUAAACCUGGAAAAGCUUGAAAUGUUAUACUGCCAACUCGCAGAUGUAUUGUUACAGCUAUCCAAGCUGGAAUUUCCAAAUAUAGGUUCACUCGAGGAGAUGAACGAGUUUGAGUCAGAAGCUCGCCGUCGGCCACUCUCUAUUCAUAUGAAUGAGCUUAUAAGGCUGGGGACUCUGCCGCGAAAUAAGUUACCGAACGGAAUAUUUGCCUCGUCAUUUGACUAUUUCGAGGCCUUAUCACAGCUUCAUAUUGACCAUCUAACACACCAACGAAAUGAUGCGGUAGACUCAGAGACCGAUUGCCGGCGCAAGUAUAUCGCUAGACAGUUAUUCCGUAAACUCGUCAGGCAACGCCGACUACUAUCCAAGGCGCACGCUGAUGGUCCGUUCAAAUUGUGGUGUGACGAUCUCCGGCCAUCAAACGUUCUGCUAGAUGCGAAUAUGCAAAUUGUUGGUGUGGUAGACUGGGAAUUUACGUACGCUGCGCCAGCUGAGUUCUCCUUCUCCCCGCCCUGGUGGUUGCUCCUCGAACAACCAGAGUACUGGCCAGACGGCUUGGAAAAUUGGAAAGAGAUAUAUGAUAGUCGGCUUAAGAUAUUCUUGAAAGCAAUGACAGAUGUCGAGGACGCCGCUAUAGCGUCAGGUCGGCUUGAUGAGGCCCAGCGACUGUCGCCCCGGAUGAAGGAGAGCUGGGACAGCGGAGAGUUUUGGGUGAUUUACGCGGCGCGGAAGAAUUUCGCAUUUGACUCCAUAUUUUGGAGGGAGCUGGAUCCACGAUUCUUUGGGAAUCCUGGGGUGGCGCAGGAAGAUGCCUGGAGGAAGAGAUUAGAUGUGCUGGAUGAGUUGGAGAGGUCAGGUAUGGAGGAGUUGGUGGAGAGAAAGAUGAAGGAGACGGAGACGAGGGUUUUGGCUUGGGAGGUAGAUGAAUGA